AUACAAAAGCAGUUGCAUAUUAAAACACAUCCUGUUCAGUAGCGUUGGCGUGUCGUGUGUCGUGCUGUCUUUCAUUGUAAUCUGACUCUCGGUCCCCGACUAGGUGCUUUCCCGAAGUAGUCCCUUGGUACUGAUCCCUGCAUCUAAGAGAAGAAGGGUGUGCUACUCAUCUCCUUGACAAGCUUACGCACAAACGAAACUCCGAUGACUGAACAUACUUGUGCAUAUGGUGGAGAAAGGUUUCCUCUCCCGUAGAGGCUGCUUGCAUCAUUGACUAAACUUAGGACACGGACUAUGGCAACUGUACUCAGCCUUGUUCUGUUUUUCGGAUUAUUUCACAGCUCGGACGGAAUCCUCUGUUACACCUGCGGCGCCGCUGGAGGAGAAGGGGAGUGUAUUUCUGGGUACAGUUUAUUCCUAGAUGUCUACAGACACGUUAUGAACAACAACACAAAGCACGUCAACGACGCCGGCAGCCGCUAUCCUGGUUACGCGGACUGCGACACCUUCCCAGAACAAACUGUGUGCAUGAUUGAAGAAGUUCGUGAGAGUAAAACCAGAAAGAUCCUCAGUUACAUCCGGGGCUGUUCAGAUGGCGUGACCUUCUCGUUUAACCUGGCCAAUCUGAAAGGUCUGAAACCCUCAAACACCACGACGUGUGGGUUUGAUACUCGAGGCUACCGUCCCUGUGUCACUCUAUGCAAGUCGGACUUCUGUAACGGACCUUCUGGAGCGACAAGAUCGCAUCUAAGUUUGGCGAUGACUGUCAUCUGUCUUGUCGUCCUAUACUGCAAAUUGCGGGCAUCCUAGAAGGUUGUGUAUUUAUGUUGAUUAUGGGAUUAUGUAAUAUAUUAAUCUAUUGAUAUAUAAUAAUAAUAUGGCAACUUAUAUUUUACUGAACUCCACGCCACACGUGCAUGCAACAUAAUGGACAUUAUCACCCCGAACAACCCAAGCUGGAAGGUUAAAAGUCAUAUGACUUAUCCCAUCGGGUACCCAUUUUCUGCUGGAUGAACAGUGGUAAUUUUAAACAAACCCACAAGCCUAUCGCUAUUGUUAGGUAGACUAUCAGUUUUACCUAAAGUCAUGGCAGUGCAUACUAUGGAAAUUAUCCCCAUAAGUAUGACCGAGGAAACCAAUGACCACCAAAUGACCACCAUGUGCUUCGUGGUUAGGCAGGACAGAAGCCCCUGAAACUCUCAGGAGUCAAGACCAAACACGGAUGGGAAUACUGUAAGAUUUUGAGUUCAGUUUGUUGCGUUUGAUCCAGAAAUGUUAUCUGGUCACAACAACGUGAGAAACAUUGAAGGAAUAAUGAGUGAGUUACUAUUUACCGUCACAUCCGCAAUAUCUCAGCCAUAUCGUGACCAUUGAAGGAAUAAAAAAUAUCGUAAUGUAUUGACGUACGUUGUACAUGAAAUUUCAAAUAUAUGUUUUUAUUGCUUAGCAUACUUUAAAUAGUAUAGAUGAACAUAUUCCCGGGCGAUAAUGAUAUAUCUAAUACAUAUUCAUUUUGCAAUGAGUUGUACCUCCUAAUACAUGCUCUUUGUGUAAUGCAUUUACUACCGAAGUUAGCGGAUCAUAGAGUAUUCAGAUUGGGAAAUAAUCUUGCCCAAUGAAACAAAUGAUCAUGUAUAUAUCCUAGGCCGGAGAGCUGUCACUGAAAUAAACCUGUCUCUCUGUC